AUGCUGGGUCAAGAGUCAGAUGAUUUUGGUUUAAAUUCUACCUCUGGCUUUCUCCCAUUUCCCCAUUUACAACAGUUAAGUACAUCUCAAAAACCAGUGGAUAUUAACAAUAAUCGUGCUUGUCUCUUUUCAGAGAUAAAUGACCAUGUGGAGAUUUUGGAGGAUAUGUCAGAGUUGAUUUUCAGUGAAAUUGCAAAAGCCAACUAUUCAAGUUUACUCAAUGAUUUUGUUGAAUCUGAACUCUUCCUGAUUGAUGGGGAUUCCUUAUUUAUCACCUGCCUAAAUGAUAAAAAUUUGAAGACAGGACAAAAUCUUCACUUCUUCUAUCUAGUUGAACGUUAUCUUUUGGAUUUAAAAAGUAAAGGAGGCCAAUUUAUUGUUGUUUUCUUUAAGGAUUUUGAACACUCUUAUUUUCAAACACCUGCACUUCUUCCAUUAAGGACUGCAUUGAUUCUCCACCUUCAGCAAAAUACUGAUAUUAACAUUCAAACUGAAUUUUCAGGAUGUUUUUCAGAAGAAUGGAAUUGUUUCUUGAAAAAAAACUGUCCAUUUUUCCUGUUAAUUUCAGAUGAAGGAAUAACUCAGCUCCAAACAUUUCUUUUCUAUUUUUUUAUCAUUCAGUCCUGGUCCAAGAGGAUCAGCAUUGCCCUGACUUCAGGGCAGGAAUCAGAUAUUAUCAGAGUUUAUUCGUACUUUAUGCUAAGCAGAUACAAGAACCAGCAUUUUUUCAAGCAGAAUGAAGAGGAAAUAGAGUUUGCGUACCAAACUAUUAUUGAACAUUUGAAAACAUCCAGUGUUACAGCACUGACACCUUUGUUUGAUCAAUAUAAGUUCAACAGCCUGGAAGAAGAGAUAUAUUGGAGUAUUGGCCAACUUCAGGUCCUCUGGCCAAAAGGAUCUGAUAUUCAGCGUAUUCUCUGUGUCCUAUCAUGUUCUUUGUCUUUGAAAAUGUACUACCAUUUCUUAGAAAAGAGAAAGGAGAAAUGUUCUUCAGAAAUUGAUAUACCUAAGAAUCAUUUGGCAUCAUUGAAGGAAGUUCAAGAUCUAUGCAGAAUGUAUUGCCUCAGUGUGGUUUUUCUGCUCCAUUUGCCUCUUUCUCAGAGAGCUUGUACCAGAGCCAUCACUUCUUCCUGGAAAGACACAAUUUCUACUUUCUUGCAAAUGAAAAAGUGGUGUGAAUUUUUUGUUCUAAGGAAUUUGGAAAGUUCAGAAACAUGGAAUGUGGAUUUCACUUAUGUUUGUGAUAUAAAUGAUGGCCCAUUGUGGAAGAAUAUUGCUUAUUACUAUGAAAAUGAAUAUAUCCAAGGUUUACAAUUGGAUUUGGGAAAAGCCAUUGAGGCAGAUUAUCAUGACUUGUGGAAUGCUGUAACACAUUUGGUAAGAGAGUUUCAUGUUGGACCAUCAGUGCCUCUCCGAGUAACACAACAACUUUUCCUUCAAAAGAAACAGUCACCAAUUAAAGAUUCUCAGGAAAUGGUACCUAAUUUGGGCUUUAUUCCAGUGACAUCACCCAUAGUUAGACAGUUUGCUGGAGACGUGCUGGAUCAGGUUCCUUUUUUAAGAAGUGAUGACCCUGUUGUUACUUCCUUGGUCAAGUAUAAGGAAUUUCAUGAACUUAUUCACUGGCAUUCUAAUAAGCCUCUUAGUGACCAUUAUGAGAGGACAAAGUCUUCUACAGAGGGUGGAUGUGGGCCAUUUAACCUGCAAGGAAAAUCCAAGGAGUUCCUCAGAUCAAAACAAAAGCUCCAGGCUUUUCAACAACGUUUUGGAAGCAAUUUAGCUGGCACUACUUCCAAAGUCAUUGUAACGCAGUCAGUCAGGUCAAAGAAAGAUUUUGUUGCAGGAAAGAACAAAAAAUCACAGGGUAGUAAAGCUGAGAUUAUUAUCCAAGAAAACACAAAUCGACUACUUGAAAAAGAGGAAGAGAAAGAAAGGCAUCGAUGGAAAACUCUGUCAUUUUCUAUUGAAGGAGAAAUGAAAGAGAAUUUUCAUUCUGGAAUAAAAAAACUGGAAGAUUUUCUGAAGUCUUGUAAAAGCAACUCUGUGAAAUUUACUGUAGAAAUGGUAGGGUUGAAGGCCAGUUUAAAUGCAUGGAAAGAACAUUGCCAAGGUGCAGGGAAAUUAAGAAAAGAUUUCAGCAUAGCUAUUCAUAUAAUGAAAAGAAUUCAUUCUAUAAUGGAAAGAUACCAGGAAUUUUUGCAGAACCCAGAUAAAAAAGAGAUAUCCAGAUGUCUUAAAUACUUAGGGUUUGACAAUUUGGUCAAAACUUUGGAUCCCACACAGAUUAUAGAAAAUGGCAGGAAAAGCAAAAAGUUCCAUUAUGCUGUUGAUAUGGGAUCAGCUCGGUUUCAACUACAACAGAUGGGCCAUUACUUGAUACGCAAUGAGAGAAAAGAUCCAGAUCCAAGGGUUAAUGAUUUUAUUCCAGACACAUGGCAGAGAGAGCUUCUUGAUGUUGUAGACAAUAACGAGUCAGCUGUGAUUGUUGCUCCCACAUCCUCUGGGAAAACAUAUGCCUCCUACUACUGCAUGGAGAAAGUUCUAAGAGAGAGUGAUUAUGGGGUGGUUGUAUAUGUGUCCCCUACAAAGGCCCUUGUUAAUCAAGUCUCAACCACAGUCCAGAGUCGUUUCACUAAAAAGCUUCCAGAAGGUCAAGUUCUAUGUGGUGUUUUCACAAGGGAUUACCGCCACGAUGUAUUAAAUUGUCAGGUCCUUGUCACAGUGCCAGCCUGUUUUGAAAUACUAUUACUUUCUCCUACUCGUCAAGAAUGGGUGGAAAAGAUCAGAUAUGUUAUAUUUGAUGAGGUUCAUUGUCUUGGGGGACAGAUUGGAGCAGAAAUUUGGGAACAUCUGCUGGUUAUGAUCCGAUGUCCCUUCUUGGCUCUUUCAGCAACCAUCAGCAACCCUGAACAUCUCACUGAGUGGCUACAAUCUGUAAGAAGAUACUGGCAGGGGGCAGAAAAGAACAUAGAUGAUUUUCAGAGCCUGGAUGCUAAAGCCUGCAUCAGAGCCUCCAAAAGGCAUGUAAAAGUAAAGAAAUCCUACAGAGUCAGACUUGUGCUUUAUGAAGAAAGAUAUAAUGAUUUGGAGAAACAUGUGUGUUCAUUAAGAGAUGAUGAUAUUGCCUUUGUCCACUAUCACCCACUGGCUUCGCUGACUACAGAUCAUCCUCAAUCAUCCUUCCCUUUACUCUAUAUUACAUGGUCAUCUCUUCAAGAGCCAUCCUUCUGCCACAUUUGCAUACUCAUGUUAAACUUCUCCACCUUGAAUUCUGAAACUCUGAUCAUUUCAACUCUUACCACUAAUGUGGGAAGGGAUGGGUUCCUCUUCUCCCAUCUGGUCUCAUUCACCAUCCCACAGUUCAAGAUAAAAGAUGUAGAACAAAGAGCACAAAGUGUGUGUGAUGCUCUGGAAAAAAAGCAGGCAAUGAGACAGCCUGACAAUGUAGACAAAGAAGUCCACAUGUUAAAUAAUAAACUGAAGAAAGUGAAGAAAUCAAUGGAGAAAACACCGAGUGUGCCUGAAAAUGCCUUGAAAAGAUCUUCAAGAAUGGAUCAAAGCAUAAUACGUGAAGCUGAGCACACAGCUUUAGUAAAAAUGUUGGAAAAGAAGACUGAGGUACCUCCAGACUGUACUUAUGCCAACCCCAAAAUGAUAGAUGCAGAGACUUUUGAAAUGAUGUUGUACCGAAUUAAAAAAACAAGAAAAGGUAAAGAAUUAGAGAAUCUGGCAAAAAGGGGUAUUGGAUAUCAUCACGGUUCUCUGGAUGCCAAAGGACGACAGUUUGUUGAAGUACUCUUCAGAAAAGGGUUUCUCAGGGUUGUGACAGCUACUGGCACCCUUGCUUUAGGAAUUAACAUGCCAUGUAAAUCUGUGGUGUUUACUCAAAACUCCAUCUAUUUGGAUGCUUUGAAUUAUAGACAAAUGUCCGGACGUGCAGGAAGACGGGGUCAAGAUUUUCUGGGAAAUGUGUUUUUCUAUGAUAUUCCAUUACCGAAAAUAGAAAAACUCAUUAAAUCCAAAGUACCAGAACUGAAAGGCCAGUUCCCCCUUAGCAUGACCCUGAUCCUACGGCUCAUGUUAUUGGCUUCCAGAUCAUGCAAUGUCACAGAUGCUGAAGCAAAGGUGAUUUCUGUCCUUAGUCAUUCACUACUGUCCUUCAAGAAACCCAGAAUCAAUGAGAUGCUGAAAUUAUAUUUUUUAUUUUCAAUGCAGUUUCUUGUGAAAGAGGGAUAUUUGGAUUGUGAAGGAAAACCAAUUGGUUUUGCUGGACUUGUAUCACAUUUGUAUUAUGAAGAACCUUCUAAUAUUCUGUUUGUCAGUUUUCUCAAGAAAGGGCUGUUCCAUAAUCUAUGCCAACCCACUAAAAAAGGCUCAAAACAUUUUUCUCAAGAUGUCAUGGAAAAGCUUAUGUUAGUAUUGGCAAAUCUGUUUGGAAGAAAAUAUGUUCCAGCAAAGUUCCUGGAUAGUAAUUUCAAAUUUUAUCAAUCCAAGGUGUUUCUUGAAGACCUCCCUACAGAUUUUAAUGAUGCCUUAUGCAAAUAUAAUAGACAAGUGAAAAGAGACUUCAGCCACUUCUUACUUAUUGUUUCCAAGUUUGCUGACAUGAAAGAAGAACAUCAGCUCCCCCUGUCCAAAAUUGAAUUCACAGGGAAAAAGGAGGACACUUCCAAGCUUGUAUCUCACCUGAUGAGCUGCAAGGAGGACAGAUCCGCUGUUUCACCUUUUGUGUGUCUUUCUGGAGUUACAAAUCAAGAUUUGCUACAAGUAGGAAAUAUUGACAGUAUCAUUCUGAGGACAAUUGGUGUUACUUAUGCUCAAGCCCCCCUGCUUUACCCAAGGAAAUUUGACUCUUUAGGAAGAAAAAUACCACUCAAUGCCUAUGCCCUCGAUUUCUAUAAACAUGGAUCCCUGAAAGGAUUAGAACAAGAUAACAGGAUCUCGGAAGGUGAUGCUUAUAUUUUGCUGAGAGAUUUUUCCCUCAUCCUUAAAUCUAUCAGUGUUUCCUUAAGGGAAUUAUGUGAAGAUGUGGAUGACAAUGUGGUGUUAGCAUUUGAACAACUUAGUCAGAGUUUCACUGAAAAAUUUGAAAAAAUCUAA